UUCCCGAUAAAUAUCUAACACAAGUGAACACAUGGAAUUGUUACGUUUUGAAACGACCCAAAGUGCCCGGAAAGUUAAUCUACUGUAGACAUAGUGUGUCAUGUCGAAGAUGCGAAACGCUGUGAGGACGCUUACAUGUAAACUAGCACUUUGCCUGGUUUGCUUACAUCUGAUGGCAGGUGUAAGUGUAGCCGUUCCAGAGCUAGAUUUUACUGUACUGCCUCUCACUUCUGAUAAAAGAGACAAAGUCUCCAUCAGAUGCUCAGUAAAAAUCAACAGCCCGAAUUAUCAAGACUACAGACCCUACAGCCUGACGAUAUUCAAAAACCAAAAGCAGAUCUGGACAGUCCUGUCAAAGAUUUUGUUUACACCAAAGUCUGUCAUUCAAGUCAGUGACGCCAGUACCACAGAAGUAAAAGGCGGCAAAGGGGAGACGUCAAACUCGUCAGAGGCGUACCUGCAAAUGACAUGGUUCAGGGCAAAUGAGACAACACUUUACGGGAGCUAUCUCUGUGUUGGACAGUUCGCCAACACACACACACUGGAGCCAGAAUCAGCCCUAGACGCUAGUCUCAACAUUUCAGAUCAUGAUAUGCUCUUGAGAUUAUCACAGCUUGCAGAGAAAAAAGAGCGUUUCCCAGAUUUUUUUGUAGAUUGGCCAAGUAACACAGAGGGGUGGCCUAGUGGACGCUACGCGCUUUUAAAACCAGCCUCCGGAUGUCCCAAAGAUUCAUGCGGGAAAUGGCUAGAGGGCGUUAAAAAGAUUCACAGUGAGUCUGGCAUCAGUCCAGACCUACAGGCGAACUCUGAGCACUCACAACUGUUAAGACCUUUAUUUACACUUGAAAGCGGCAUAAAUAAGGUUAUACUACGUUACUGUGUUAAAAUAGAGGAUAACGCUAAAAGUAGAAGAGAUUGGCCUAAAGGCUCUUACUGUAUAAAUAAGAAAGACAUCUGUCCUGUUGGCUUCACUGACGGUAGAGUUUACAUCGACGAAGAGGAUAGUUUUGGCAACAAGGGAUCUGUCGAAGGCGUCGUCCCAGACGACCCGACCCUGAGCGCUGUGCACAUGUUCUGCUGUCGCAAAGACGGAUUUGCCAACUUGCCCAUUGCACUGCCCAACAAAUCCCCGUUCUAUCUAUACAGAUAUGGAGGCAAGUGCCAAGACGUUGUCGGCAUGUCCGUCCAGGAACAUUACGUUCUGAUUGACUCGGAGAAUUCAGACACCAAUGACAUGCGCAAUGGAACCCUGCCUGACGGGACUCUUAACGACGUUAGAUUCGACCUCUGCUACUACAGACCAUCAUCUAUCAACCAGGUGGCUUCCACUCUCACUGCGACGCUAAAUUCCAACUCCUAAUACUACAAUGGCUAAGCAUAAUUUCUAACGAGAAUAAUUAUACAUAGAAGUUUACAAAUGAAGUGAAGUCGAGCAUA